AAACCGCACGCGUUUUGACAGCUCUUUCUACCAUGAAAACAUUCCAAAUCCCUUUUCAAAGAAGAAAGAGUCCCAAAUUCCCAAUAUAGAGGUUUAAAGCCCUUUCUCCUCGCCUCCCAUGGAAGCAAAUAUUUUUUAAUUUGAGAUGGCUUCCUCUCUUACCUUUCCACCUACAGCUCCUGUGACACCCCUUGCCAACUCCAUUUUCUCAUCCCAUCUUUUCUUUCAACCCCUCGGAAGAGCUUCUCAUCGACGAAAGAAGUGGCCAAGGAUUCAAUAAGUAGGCGAGCUGAGAUAAUACAGUUUGGAAUUAAGAAAAUUCAAGUGUUUUGUUUUAUUGGAUCGAUGGAUCGAAGACGCUGUUGGUUCUCCAAAUUGCUUCUCUUCUCUUGCUUUCUCUUGUCGUCGGGCCAAAGUUGGAGUAACAUCUCCGCCACCGACAUGUUGGAUUCUGUAAUCCGAGAUCAUGCUUUCCAAGCGCUGGAGCGGCAUCGCACUGGUGUGGUGUACCACAUCUCCCUCCCUGCGAAUCUAUCGGGCAUGACGGCUUCGGUCUUGAGGCUGAGGAGCAGCAGCUUAUGGAGAAAGGGUGCCAGCUUCACUGCAUUCCAUAUUCCUCCAGGAACUACGGCAGUGCCCUUCGUCAGGAGGCUGGUCGUCGUCUACCAGGACUGGGGCAAUUGGUCCGCUUCUUAUUACAAUGUGACAGGCCAUAAACUCGUUGGGCCUGUCAUUGGUUUCCUAGCUUAUGAUGCAUUUAAUGCAAGCUCCAAUACCACCAUGGACCUCGAUUUCAGGGUGAAUGGAAGUGCCGUUUCAAUUAGCUUCCCCGGAGCUGCAUUGCCAAAAGGGUCGAAUUCCACAGCAAAGUGUGCAAGAUUCUGGCCUAAUGGAACAGUGGAUCUUGGUGAUAUAGAAUCGUCAAAUGUGUGUAUGACGAGGAGUACAGGCCACUUUGCAAUCGUUGUGCCGUUAGAGGACACAGACCAUUCUUUGGUGAUGGGAAAAAGGAAAGAGAAGAAGUGGUGGCUUUGGGUGGCAGCAAUUGGGGGCGGAGUUGUUGCGUUGCUGAGUUUGAUUGUUGUGGCGAUGUUCAAGUUGGUUAAGAAGAGGAAAAGGGAACAGAUGGUAAGGCAGGCCGAAGAGAGUGAAGCUCUGGAGGCAAUUUGGAUUGGGAGGAGCAGGAUGCCUUCUGCAACAAUGAUUAGAAGUCAACCAGUCCUUGAGAAUGGAGGCGCACCAUGAGAUGUCUUCCUUUUUUUUUUAUUCCCCCUUCUAAGAACAUUCCGUAGAGGGUGGUGCUAGCUUGAUGCAAAAAGGAAUGAGGCAAAGGAGAGAGGAAGCAUCUUCCUCCAGGUGGCUUGGAACGCGAAAUUGUUUAGCUGAGUGCAGGCACCAGAGACGGCCUCAAAAACAGGAAUGUGGGUCAAGAUGAUGAGAACCCACUUUGCAUAACACAUUGUUUCAUUCGUUUCCCAACUUUGCUCUUUCGCUGAUAGUACAUGAUUGAAAUUGCAGACCGGUCCUUCAGUCACCCAAGAAUGUAUCCAUAACAUUUUUCACCAAUGUCAUUCCAAAUUUCUUGCAU